UUACACGAGCCGGACGGAGAUGGCAAUUUCGAUUUUUCCUUGACGAUUGUUAAAUAAUAAUUAUAAUUGUUGCAUUUGUGUGGUGCUGGUGACUUUACAUAAGCGAUUAUUGUUAGACAUUGUGAUGAGGGAUGUUUAUGUGACAUUGCUAGUGUUGUAGAAUUAAUUGUGUAUUUGGGUGAAUUAUUGCUUGUUAAUUUAUAACGUGGAUAUUUUAAGUUUUUCAUAUUCUAACACAAAAUGGACUACCAAGAACCGCAACACCACCCCCAAACCGAGAUAAAAUCCUCAAUGGCCGAAGAUCCGAUCCAGGCCAGACCUGUACCUAGGCCCUUCUCCAUAGAAGCCCUAAUGAGCGACUACACACCGAAAAAGACGAUAAUGCAUCAUCAAAGUGCACCUGUGUUACCUUGGAAUCUUUCGCCUACACACGGGCAUGAGCCCUACAUAAGCACCACAAAUGUUAGGGAGUUUAGUACUAGCUCAAGGGAUACGGAUUCGGAUAGUAGUCUGGAUAUGGAACUCGCGCAGGAUUUAUCUAGGAGAAGCCAAAAAGAUGGUUCUGAUCUGGACGAAGAUGACACGGAAGAUACUCAAAAUUCAGACGGCGGACAAGGAGAUGGUUCUGGAUCGGCAAAAGCCAGACGAAGAAGAACUGCGUUUACUAGUGAGCAAUUAUUGGAAUUGGAAAGAGAGUUUCAUGCUAAGAAGUACUUGUCACUUACUGAGAGAAGCCAGAUUGCAUCAGCUUUGAGACUAAGUGAAGUUCAAGUUAAGAUCUGGUUUCAAAACCGAAGGGCGAAAUGGAAACGAGUCAAAGCAGGUCUUGGUACAGGUCCCCACCAAGGCCCGAAGGGUUCCCAACAGAAGAGCAAACUAGUAGUUCCUAUACCUGUCCACGUGAACAGAUUCGCUGUAAGAAGUCAGCACCAGCAGCUGGAAAGGGCACUUGGCGAUCUCGCCGGAAGGGUGUUGGCCAGCCAUGCGGCCUUAAGGGUUGGACUUGAUUUGCAUGGGUUUCAUUCGCACGGGCAUCACCAUCAGUCACCACCACAUUAAUAAAAAGCUGUUUGUUAAGAGUGUUUUUGAUAAAUACUUAUUGUGUGUGGUGAAUGUAUAUAGGGGCAUUGUAAAUAUGUAAAUAACUUUACGUUUAUACAUCUCGGUGAUGUUAUAUGUGAUUUUUAAUUAUUUUUAUUAAUAUAGUCGAUUACCAAAUAGUUAUAUUGAACUUUUUUUACUUUGUAUUCGUUUGUUUUAUGUAAAACUAUAGUAUUUAACUAAAGCGACAUUUAUUAGGAGUUAGUACUGUGCAAUAGUUAGCGUUAUAUAAAGGUGUACAAAUCUAUUGAUUAGCCUGACAUAUACUUUCAGAUUUUUCAGUUACACGACGUAUGAUUUUUGUAAAUAUACGUACAUAGGAAAGCAAUAAUUUUUGAAUAUAAGA